UUUCAUACGACCGGAGAUAAGAUAUUAACCGUUGAAUAUGAAUUUGAACUGUUGAAACGGCCAAAAUUCAAUUUUUCUACGUAAUUGUGCCUGAAAUAAUGUAAUUAUUACGUAAUUUUUCAUUAUAUUUCACAUUUAAUGAACUCUUUUGCCAGAAUGUUAUGUAAUCUGACCAAACAAAUUUCAGCUCCUCCCGAGUUUCGAACCCCGGGCCUAUUGAUUUCAGAUCACAUAUAUUACUUUUCGGCUAUAGUCCGUUGAACUAUUUCAUAUUUCGCGUUAUUUUAUUUGGUACACAUAGGACCGUUUUUUCAUUUUGGUACAAACUCGACUGAUUUCUUAUCUUAGUACAAAUGACCGUCGGUGCAAAUGGGACUUCACCAGAAAAAUUAAAGAGUCGAGAAAGUCGGGCGGUUCGAUGUUUAAGGACCAAUAUAGAGCGAGGAGCUAAAUUGGCUUCUAUCUUUCAAAAUUUGUUAUCAAAGCCAUUAGAAGUUUGCUCCGUGCUGGCUUUUAGCCACACUCACAAGGGACACAACAAACUUUAAAACUUUAUCAAAGUAUUUUCGUAAUUUUUUGUUACUCCUGUGCAAAAAUAAAUGUGGCCGGAACUUAAUGACCUUCUUGCACAGCAAAUUUUUUUUAUAUAUAUAACAGCUUUGAAAUCGAAAACAGUGUAACUUAAAUUAUAAAUUUGUAUCAGUUUUUUGUUGCUGCUGUUGUAGCCCCUUGGAUUCAUGACGACUCUGGGUUUGUUUUAUUUGUUUGGUUUGGUGGUCUCGUCUCGUCCGUUACCCAAAGUUAUUGGCUCGAGCGUAAUUUCUACGUUUUUUUCGGACAUGUUUCUUUGUUUAUUUCAUGUCAAAACGUCCGGUAGUUUAUGACAGAAUUCACAGUACCACACUAUAUCACCUACUUUCUUGUAUUUGUCGUUAUUCAUGCUUUGGUUCUUAGCAUGAGACCAAUUUUGUUUUUAUUUUCGAUUCCUUUACUGUUCCAAACAAAUUUUUACUGCGUUUUGGAUAUUUUUCAGAAUGUUUUUUUUAGUGUUUUAUGAAAUGAUUUGUCUUCAGUUACUUCGUUAAACAAUUGCAUCCAAAUGUUUGUCAGUUACUGCCAAGGAUGCACCCAUUGCUAUUCGAUCCUUCUACAACGUUUGCCGUUUUUUGAAAUUAAUGGCACGGCUAUCUUAAGCAUCAUUUUGAGAGUGUUAAGCAACUCUUUAAUGUCCAGCGAAACAGAUUGUUUAAUUUCAUCUUUUAUUGUUCAAGUUUUUCCCGGGCGUCUCGCAGAUGUCUCUUCCAGUUUUACUAGUUAUGAUGUUUCUACAAAAUUUUGCAAAAUUCUACAAAUGCGAUGGUCAAAAGUGAUUCACCUUGCGGUAACUACUGCCAUGUAUUGAUAACUAUAUUUUAAAGCGAGGUCAGCUCUCCUGCUUCUAAAUACUAUGGUAAUAAGUUAUGCGCAUCAUGUAGCCCUUGAUUACAAGCAGUGCUUAGCUUUGCCAAUUCAGGGCAAUCCUGUUCAAGCAGCUGUUCAAGAUGGGUGAAUAUCCGGAGCGGAGCUUUGCGGGUGGAUCUAGCGGCAUUGGAUUGUCCAUAGCAGAUUGUCUGUUGAGAAAAUACGGAGAAGAUGUAACAGUGACUCUGGUGGCAAGGAACAAGAGCAAGUUAGACCAGGCGAGAGAAACUCUCCUCACUAAAUCGGGUCGUCCGGCAAAUUGCGUGCAAGUGUUUUCGUGUGAUGUGUCAAAUUAUGAAGAACUAGACCGAACUGUGACUGCAGCUUGCAAGCAGUGUCAGAAGCCAGUCACUGGCCUGAUUUGUUCUGCUGGCAUCAGCUCCCAUCGUCUUUUGCAGGACACUUCCACCGACCUGUUCAAAGAUAUGAUGGACAUUAAUGUCCAGGGCUCGUUCAAUGCCGUCAAGGUUCUUUUUACACAAGCUGUGCUACCUUUUAUGAGCGGAGUUUGCAAUAAUGACAGUGAAAAGGGAGAAGCUGCAGGCGGCGAUAGUAUGGAGAGUGCAACUGCGGUGUCCCAGUCCCUUCGAGAGAGCAGUGGUGCUAAAUACAAGCCAGGCUUCAUCUGUCUGCUCUCCUCCCAAGCCGGCAGUAUUGGACUGAUCGGCUACACAGCCUAUUCGGCUAGCAAGUUCGCUCUUCGUGGAUUGGCCGAGGCGCUCCAGAUGGAGUUGAGGCCGCACAAUGUGUUCGUGACGCUGACUCACCCGCCGGACACUGAGACGCCUUCGUUGAAGAAGGAAAACGAAGAGAGAUCAGAGCUACUUAAAAAAAUAGCUGGAACUGCGUGUAUGUGGAGUAGUGACAUGGUAGCUCACAAGAUCCUCUUCGACAUCUCAAACAACGUCUUCCUGUCGCACUUUGGGGUGAUCGGGUGGCUGCUCUCUCUCGCCACCGCCUCCUGCGCCCCCAUCCACUCCAUAUCUCAAUUCAUCACUGAAGUACUGCUGGCUGGAGUGGCCAGGUUCAUAGUCCUCUUCUUCCACUACGACUUCGACGUCAAAAUCAAAAGGGAAAUGAGACCAGAGAAAAGUAAAAAGGAAUUGUGACCAUCAAUUGUGGCUAUAUGAAACAAUCCAAGAGCCCCAUCAAUGGAUUAGCUGUUACGAGAGCUAGCAAAUGUCUUGCUCUUUGCAUAAACUGAACUGAAAUUGUACAUUUGAGUCGUCGAUUGAGUAAAACUUUGAAAACACUUGUUUGGACAGGGAAUAAUGUGUAAUUAUUUGCGGAGAGGUUUGUGAUAAAUCAGUCUUUGUAAGAUAAAAUGAAGUGAUUCUAAAUAGGGUUUAAAAUUUAAUGUUAUAGUCAA